AUGGAGAAGAAUGGGCAGCUAUUCCAGCUGGGGCCCCCGGCCGCGGAGGAGGACGGCCUGCGGCCGCUUCGUGCGGCUCUCGAGCACGCACCGCCCCCAACAAGGGGGUCCCGCGCGCCCGCGGGCUACGACCUGUACAGUGCCUAUGAUUACACAGUACCACCCAUGGAGAAAACCCUUGUGAAAACCGACAUUCAGAUAGCUCUUCCUUCUGGGUGCUAUGGAAGAGUAGCUCUUAGAAGGCUCACAUUGGCUCAAGAGGUUCUCGCUGAGAGAAAAACUGAAAAUAUAGCUCCACGUUCCGGCUUGGCUGCAAAACACUUUAUAGAUGUAGGAGCUGGUGUUAUAGAUGAAGAUUAUAGAGGAAAUCUUGGUGUUGUACUGUUUAAUUUUGGCAAAGAAAAAUUUGAAGUAAAAAAGGGUGACCGAAUUGCACAGCUCAUUUGUGAAAGGAUUUUUUAUCCAGAAAUAGAGGAAGUUCAAGCUUUGGAUGACACUGAAAGGGGCUCAGGAGGUUUUGGUUCUACUGGAAAAAAUUAAAAUUUAUGCCAAGAAUAGAAAAUGAGAAAUAAAGAGUUUUUGUUUGGUGUUGUGCACUUCCGUAAACUUAAAAGCUUUAGAUUCUAAAAAUAUUUGGUUCUCUUAUGAUCGAGGAAAAAGGUAAUCUGUUGGGAUCAUAUUGAACUUUUUUGUGUUUUUCUACAUUUGUUGUUGUAUAAAUAUUCAUGGUAACCUAAUUGUUUGUUUUUUUGUUUUUUUCAAUCAAACGUACGUACAUCAGUUAUAGAUCCCCAGAACUGUAUUAUUUAACUCACUAAAUGCCACUCAUUCAACAACUUAUUCUUUGGUUUGUUUUAUAGAUCCUAAGCAAAGCCUUUUAUUCAAUAAAUUUGAAUUAUUUCACAGAUACAAAUUAUUAUGUAAACUGAACUAAAAGAUGAUAUAUAAAAAAA